ACAAGAAAUAACCAUAAAAACGAAACUACUAUAGCUAGCUUAUUAUAAUUAAUAAUAACUAGCUCUAUAGUUUUGUUUCUUCAGCCAAAAUAAACAUAUAUAUAACCAUGAUGAUUCCAUUUCCAACCCAUAUCUUUCUCAGUUCAAUUAAGUUUUGUUUUGUGAUAAUUCCCACAACCAUGUGGAAUUACAUGGUUUUGUGUUUAGAUCAUUUGACAUGUGCAUUUGAGAUUCUUCUUUACAACCAGUUCUCUUUCCCAGAGCCUAAUAUUGAUAAAUAUUACUCUGCUAAUUAUAAUAAUAACAAUAGUACUACUAUUCCAAAUAAGCCAGUGGGUUCAGAAAUGAGAGUAACCAGGUUCGAAUGCUCCGAAGGUAAAGAUGUAAAUGAUGGUGAUGAAGUAGUAGAGUGUGCUGUGUGCCUUUGUGAGGUUAAAGAAGGAGAUGAGAUCGGAGAGCUGAGAUGCUGCCACGUGCUCCACUUCCGUUGCUUGGAGAAAUGGGUCGUACGAUCCAAGCAGAUGACUUGUCCUGUCUGCCGUGGCACUACCCUACCGGCGAAUAAUAAUAAUAAUGGAGUCCAACUCUUGUAUUUUUACAAGUUUUGCUCUUUCACUACCAAUAAUACUUCCUCACAACAUCACGAACGUGACUCUUGGUGGCUACGUUAAUUUUAUAAUUAUAAAUAGUAUACACAAUAAUUAUUAUUUUUUCUCUAAAUUUUUUAUACUAUAAAGUUGUGUUUUUUUUAUAGUAUAUGAUCAGUUAAUGAUAACCAUCAAAAUAUAAAUUUUAUUAGUCAUUCCAUCAUAUUUUA